UUUUUAACCGACAUUUUGAUUACUUUAUUCUUUUUGCAAAAAGCUUUGAGGUUUGAUUACGAUCAAGCAAGAGCUAGGGUUGUAAAAUAAACAGAUACAGUAAAUCGGGCUCGGUGUCCGAUUAGACACUACGGCCCUUAACGAAGCGGGACCACAUAAAAGUGAUCUGCAAUUUACCUGGAAAGGAAACCAUAUGCAGAGAGGGCUCCGGAUGUUUUGCCUUCUAAUGUGAAAUGUGACCAGUGUCUCUUUAAAAAAUACCCAAAACAAAUGAAAACAAAACCACUAUACUGUACUAAUUCCAGCGCCAUGUUACAGAAGCAGAAAACAUUCAGACUAGCUACUGGUGACCAUGCAUUAAUACCAGGUCCCUGCUCCUCCCACGCCCACCUGCGACCCACGUGCAAGACGAAGCUCUUUUAAGUGUAUUAUUGAUUUCCUUUGUAACAAGUUCGCGACGCCACGUUCGGUUCCCCGCCGCGUUCCGCCGCUCCCCAUUGGCUGGGCGUCGAUUCCACCCCUCGCCCGAUUGGUUCCGACGCGCCGCAAUGUAGCAAAGCUGGCGGGCCCACGUUCUGUCCCCACCCACGCCGGUGAGUAGCGAGUCGAGUCACCUCCCCGUUUAGCUGCGUGCCGAUCGUUGCUGGAAGACCUUCGUUGUUGCUUUGGAUCCGGGGGUAGUUGAAAGCCGUGCCAUCAUGUCGGAAGGAUGUCCCGUGAGCGACACGGCUCCCGAAAACCAAGAGCCUGAUCAGCAGAAUGUGGUCAGUCGAGUGGUCAGCCUCCCGCUGGUCAGCUCAACCUUCGACAUGGUCUCCUCGGCUUACGCCUCCACAAAAGAGACCCACCCCUACCUCAAGUCCGUUUGCGACGUGGCAGAGAAGAGCGUGAAGACCCUCACGGCGGCGGCUGUUGGCGGCGCCCAGCCUCUCCUGACCAAGCUGGAGCCUCAGAUUGCAACAGCCAAUGAGUAUGCAUGCAAAGGGUUGGACAAAUUGGAAGAGAGACUGCCUAUUUUGCAACAGCCGUCGGAGAAGGUGGUCGCAGACACGAAGGCGCUGGUCUCUACCAAAGUGACCGGAGCCCGGGACACUGUCUCUGGAACCCUCAAUGGGGCGAAGGAUGCUGUGGCCGGAGGCGUGAGCGGGGUGGUGGAAAUGGCCAAGGGGGCCGUACACGGCGGCAUGGAGAUGACCAGAUCCGUGGUGGCUGGCAGUGUGAACACCGUCCUGGGGUCCAGAGUGGGUCAGAUGGUCGCCACUGGCAUGGAUGUGGUGCUGGGGAAGUCCGAAGAGCUGGUGGACCAUUAUCUCCCGAUGACGGACAAAGAACUUGCUGAACUCGCUACCUCUGUGGAGGGUUUUGAAAUCGCCACCGUGGAGCAGCAGAAGGAGCAGAGGAGCUACUUUGUGCGCCUGGGGUCUCUCUCAGCCAAACUCCGUCACCGAGCCUACCAACACUCUCUGGGCAAGUUGAGGAAUGCCAAGCAGGGCACCCAAGAUGCCCUCACCCAGCUGCACCAAACCAUUGAGCUGGUGGAACAUGUCAAACAGGGCGUGGACCACAAGCUACAGGGCGGCCAGGAGAAGCUGCAUCAGAUGUGGCUGGAUUGGAACCAGAAGCAAGCUCAAAGUGAUGAGCCGCAGAACUCCUUGGUACAGCCAGAGGUGGAAUCCCACUCUCUUGCCAUGCUCCGGGGCCUUACCCAGCAGCUGGAGCUCUCCUGCGUCACCCUCAUGUCCAGCGUUCAAGGCCUUCCUGCCGGCAUCCAGGACAAAGUCCAACAGGUCCGCCACACCGUGGAGGGUCUCCACUCGUCCUUCUCCGGGGCUCGCUCAUUCCAAGACGUGCCGACCGCCCUCCUGAGCCAGAGCCGCGAGAGGAUCGCCAAGGCGCGCAGCUCGAUGGAUGAGAUGUUGGACUACGUGGUGCAAAACGUCCCCCUCCCGUGGCUGGUGGGGCCCUUUGCCCCCAACCUGGUGGAGCUUCCAGAUGUGCCGCGAGCCGAUGGCGAGGAGGCAGAGGGAGUUGGCUCCCAGGCCCAGGAAGAACCCGUCGAAAAGCCUAAGAGCCUGCAAAAGGAGCCCUCCGAGCCGGAGAAGGAACUUUAGAGCUUCUGUGCCGUGCGUUUGUGCGUUCGAAAGUCUGCGGUGCCCGCAGAGAAUCCUUGGGAACCGUAGUAUUGCAGGAAAGUCGAGAAUACAGAACCAAAUGUUGUGGCUCUCAGCUCCCAGCAGCCCAGGAACAUCUGGAGGCCCAUAAGGUUCCUUGUUUCCCGUCUCAAAGACCUGGUGCUUUUUUUUGUUUACUUUUUGCAGAACUACAGUUCCCAGGGGUUUCUGGGUGAGCAGAGGUUCAAACAGCACCUGUUGUAAUUUAGAUGUGCCUUUUUGGAAUGCUGAGUGGUGGCAGCGGCAACGGGGGAAAAUGGUCUAAACAGUGAGCUGCUUUGUGUGUUUGACAAACACAUCCCCCAUCCUCUAGAAAGAGAAUAUUGUCCUAUUCCCCCACUGCCCCUCCACUUAGGAGCAUUUAAAGUCCCGCACAAAUUGCUCAGAAUUCUGAAUUUUUGAAAUGGAUUACUUACCCAAUCUGGGGGCCACUAGAAUUUUUGGGAAUUUACUAUUUAAAAAAAGGGAGAGAAAAAUGGUUUUCUCAAGCUAAGUUCUACUCAACAGUUGACCAAUUUAAAUUUACGGUCCAAAGCAUGUCAUGGUUCUACUUCUGAGUAGGACUGACAGUGGCUGCAAACCUGUUGAAACGACUGGAGCCAAGUGAGCCAUGGGUGCAUGAUUUUCAGCUAGUCUGCUCUUGAGUAAGACUAACGGCCAUGAUCUAACACGGAAUCAUAGAAUUGUAGAGUUGGAAGGGACCCACAGGGGUCCUCUAGUCCAGCCCCCAAUGUGGGACUCGAACCCACGACCCCUGGGAUUAGGGGGUCUUAUGCCCUAUCGAGUGAGCUAUCCAUGUGUGUGCCUUAGCUGCCCUGUAAAUCUUGGUUUUCUAGGACCUUGAAAGGUAACAUUCAGGCAAUCCCAAUGCUUUCAACGUAGGUUUGAACUGCUGUUUUAACUAUUAGCGAAAUGUCUUCUUCCUUCACUCUUGCCAACCCUGUUGUGGCUUUCAGUUUUUGACAAUAUUUCUCUUCCCUACCCCCCUCCUCAAUUUCUCAAGUUUCUUCCCAAUGCCAUGGGGGUGUCGGUAGAGGUCUGACUCUCUUCGCAUGCUGCAGAAAAAAAGACAACACCACAUCAGCUCUUAAUGUGGCUCCAGCAUGAAUCUUGCCUAGCAGCCUCAGUUGGUGGCCUUUCUUUUGUAACUGAGGGCUUCGUCACAAUUCCUCUAGUCCUGCUGCUGCCCUCCAGGGUGGGAAACCGCUCUUUAGUGCUCAUUCAGAGCAAACAGCCAUUCAGGUUUCCAGUGGGCUGCUGUUUGUUCCUAUUUUGAGCUAAAGAACAGGUUUUGUUUUUCUUCCUGGGUAAGGAAAAAGGCAAGGAGGCAAACCACUUGGAACUGUCCGAGUGCAGGUCAAGAGGAACUUUGGAUGAGCCCUGAAUCAGUGCCAGUCCCGAGAAAUCCAGCCUGACUUCUGAAGUGCCGCUAACGUUUUUGUACCUCCGUAGAAUUGUUUUACUUCCAGAAUAAAGAAAUGACUUCUUUUGAA